AAAAACCAGAUUUUUGUCAGCAUCUUCUUCCUCUUCUUCUUCUUCUUCGUGGCCCGCUUGCUACACUGUGCUGUGCUUGAGCCACGCCUGAUUUCGAUCACCACAACGUUCGUUCCACUUUUGGGUAUCGUCUUGGUCGCUGCCUAGCGCCUCGCCCACCAGUCUAUACUCGUAAAGAGAAUCAAGAUUCUCUGAAUUUGCAGAGAGAGAGAGAGAGGGGGGUAAUGUCGAAGAUCUUUUCGAGGAUUGCCGGAUAUUUGAGCAGCCGGACUUUCUUCGGCAUGGAUAAAUCUGGGAAUCGCUAUUUCGCCCGAAAAGAAGAGAUCGAUGGAAUCAUGAAGGAGAAAAGGUGGGUGGUAUUCAAGAGUGAGCAGGAUCCUACAUCCAUUCCUGUUGAAUGGAUUUGUUGGCUGAAUGGACAGCGUAAGAUAGCUCCGACUCCAGAGGAAAUGGUGGAGCUUGAAGCUAGGCGUGAGCGGAUUAAACUUAAUGUUGCCAGGUUAAAAGAGGAAGAAGAAAAGAAAUUGAAAGAAGGCAGUAUCUGCAAAAGCAUGAGCGCUGGUAAAGUUGGAGGUCCAGACUUGCUAAGUUUUGUUCGGCAGUUUCCAUCCUCUGCAGAUGGUGACGAGGUUGAGGAGACAUCGGAUAAAGCAGACAGCAUGAGACAAACUAAAGAAAGAACGAAAGAAGAAGAAGAAGAGAAGCCAGUCCCAGAGUCAACGGAGCCCACAGGAUCCGGUGCAUCGUUCAAGCCGGGGACAUGGCAACCGCCGACUUGAAGCUAUUCCUCCUGGUGUUCUAAAGGUUCAAUACUGCAAUGCUCCGGGUCCUGUUCCUGCUUCUUUGCGAGAUUCACUGAUGAGAAUAGUGGGUAUGGCUCAAGAUGGGCUGACUAGGCAGUUCCUAUUCGAGAGAGAACCUUCAAGACUCCAGUGUUGAGUCUUGAUUUCGGGUUUUUUCUUUUUAUGCCAAAAUUUACAUUUUGUAGGUUGUUCUCACAAUUUUGGGCAUCUUCGGGAUCAUCGAGAUUGUUGCACAUUGUGUCACACAACUGCAUUACAAGUACACCAAAAAAUAAAGAGGCCAAGUGAAGGCGUCAAGAGAUGUUUUGGGGAAAUAUUUUGUCUUUCUUCUGGAACGGAUGUUUGCUUGACAAUGUGCGAAGAUUGAGUUAAAAGCUCAAUUAGACUCGGAGUUGAAUCAUAUGUGAGCUUCAGCUUGUGCGGUUUCAUUCAAAUUCAAGGUUUGUACAAUGAUUUGUGAAGGCAUGUACCUUUCUAA